AUGGGGGGCAAGUCAGCUACCAAGGCCGCUUACUUCGAUAAGCUCAAGGCCCUUCUCAAUGAGUACCGCACGGUCUUCAUUGUCGGUGUCGACAAUGUCAGCUCGCAGCAGAUGCACGAGAUCCGUAUGUCCCUCCGUGGAGAGGGUGUUGUCCUGAUGGGCAAGAACACUAUGGUUCGCCGUGCUCUCAAGGGUUUCGUCGCCGAGAACCCCGAGUAUGAGCGUCUGAUGCCUUUCGUCCGGGGCAAUGUCGGUUUCAUCUUCACCAACGGUGACCUGAAGCAGGUCAAGGCCAAGAUCCUGGCCAACCGUGUCGCCGCCCCCGCCCGUGCCGGUGCCUUCGCUCCCGCCGACGUCUGGAUUCCUGCCGGUAACACUGGUAUGGAGCCCGGCAAGACCUCUUUCUUCCAGGCCCUCGGUGUCCCCACCAAGAUUGCUCGUGGUACCAUUGAAAUUGUGUCGGACCUGAAGCUCAUCGAGGCUGGUCUCAAGGUCGGCCCGUCCGAGGCCACCCUGCUGAACAUCCUGAACAUCUCGCCCUUCACCUACGGCAUGUCCAUCGCCCAGGUGUACGACAACGGCCAGACCUUCGGCGCUGAUGUUCUCGACAUCGACGACGAGCAGCUGCUCAAGUCCUUCACCCAGGCCAUCAACACCGUCACCGCCAUCUCCCUGGCGACCGGCUACCCCACCGUCCCGGCCACCAUGCACUCGAUCAUCAACGCCUACAAGAAGGUUCUUGCCGUUGCCGUCGAGACCGAGAUCAGCUGGCCCGAGAUCGAGGAUCUCAAGGACCGCAUCGCCAACCCCGAUGCCUACGCCGCUGCUGCUCCCGCCGCGGCCGCCGCCUCCGGUGGUGCUGCUGCCCCCGCCGCUGCCGCCCCGGCUGAGGAGGAGGAGGAGUCCGACGAGGACAUGGGCUUCGGUCUGUUUGACUAA